AUGCUACAACUCAGAAUGCUCUCCGGGGAAGCUGUGACGAGCAUACCUGUGGAAGAGAUACACGACGUGAAGGAAUUGAAGCGGCGGCUGGCUCAGCUGCAGGGCAUGCCCCCGCGAUUUAGGCAGAGAGUUGUCUUCCAAGGCGAGAUUUUGAAGGAUACUGUGACGCUGGACUCCCCGAUGUACCUGGACCUCGUGCUGCUGAAGUUUGCUCAUGUUUCUCAAAAACAGGUAGACUACCUUGCAGCCGCUGCUACGCACGGCCGUGUGACCCAGGUUGAGUCCAUGAUGCAGCUGCCCCAAGAUGCGGAUUUGAUUGGCACCAUGCAGCAGCCAGCCUUGAGGUUGGCAUCUCUGGCAGGUCAUGUCGAAGUCGCGCGCUUGCUGUUGGAGGCCGGGGCGGAUGCGAACUUGGCCUUGAAUGACGGCUCAACAGCUUUGAUGAGCGCCGCUGGGCAAGGUCACGUGGAAGUCGCACGCUUGCUGUUGGAGGCCGGUGCCGAGAAAGACUUGGCGGACAACACCGGUUUGACAGCAUUGACGAGGGCAUCUGCGAGAGGUCAUUGUGAAGUCGUUCGCUUGCUGUUGGAGGCCGGUGCCGACAAAGACUUGGCGGACAACACCGGUUUGACAGCAUUGACGAGGGCAUCUGCGAGAGGUCAUUGUGAAGUCGUUCGCUUGCUGUUGGAGGCCGGUGCCGACACAAAUUUUGCCAACAACGACGGCUCGACAGCUUUGACGACCGCAUCUGGCCAAGGUCAUGUCCAAGUCGUGCGCAUGCUCUUGGAGACCGGUUCCGACAAAAACGUGGCCGAUAACCGCGGCUCGACAGCUUUGAUGACUUCAUCUGCACAAGGUCAUGUCGAUGUCGUGCGAUUGCUGUUGCAGGCCGGUUCCGGCAAAGACUUGGCCGACAACCGCGGCUGCACAGCUUUGAUGAUCGCAUGUUUGCAUGGUCAUGUGGGUGUCGUGCGCGCGCUGUUGGAGGCUGGUGCAGACAAAAAGGCCGGCCACUGUUGUGUCACUGCUUUGUUGAUCUCAUCGUCGCGGGGUGAUCUGGAAGUUGUCCGCUUGCUGCUGGCCGACGAGAACUUGCCCAAAAGCUAUGGCACUUAUCUUUUGGCAGUCGCAGCCGCAAAAGGUCAUUGUGAAGUCGCUCGCUUGUUGUUGGAGGCCGGUGCCGACAAGAAUUUGGCCGACAUCGACGGCUCGACAGCUUUGACGACCGCAUCUGGCCAAGGUCGUGUCGAAGUCGUACGCAUGCUGCUGGAGGCCGGUGCCGACGCAAACUUGCCCGACAACAACGGCGUCACAGCUUUGAUGACUUCAUCUGCGCAUGGUCAUGUCGAUGUCGUACGAUUGCUGGUGGAGGCCCGUGCCGACACAAGCUUUGCCGGCAACGACGCUUUGAGAGCUUUGACGAUCGCACCUGCGAACGGUCACACGGAAGUCGUCCCUGUUUCGUCGCAGGCUUGUGCCGAUAAAUUCCUGGCCCGCAAAGACGGCUUCACUUCCUGCAUAAGGCGCCUGGGAAAGGUCAUGUUGGAUUCGUGCUCCUGCUGUCGGAGUUUGUGGCUGGAUGCGCAAGACCUACAGCACUGCUCUGCAGUCCGUGACAGGUGA